AUGCCAUCCAGGCUGAAGCAGACCCGGAAACUUUGGGGCCACGUAAUCCACAGCCACGGCUGCAUAGGCAAACACAGGAAGCACCCGGGGUGGCUGAGGUCAUGCUGGUGGCUUGGAUCAUCACAUGAUCAACUAGAUAAAUAUCACCCAGGUUACUUUGGGAAAGUUGCUGUGAGGCAUUACCACUUAAAGAGGAACCAGAGCUUUUGUACAACUGUCAACGUUGACAAACUGUGGAUCUUGGUCAGUAAGCAGUCAUGGAUAAGUGCUGCAGAAAACAAGACUGUAGCUGCUCCUUUCAUCGAUGUGGUGCGAUUAAGCUACUACAAAAUUCUGGGGAAGGAAGAGCUCCCAAAGCAGCCUGUCAUUGUGAAGGCCAAGUUCUUCAGCAGAAGAGCUGAGGAGAAGAUGGAGGGUGUUGGUGGGGCCUGUGUCCUGGUAGCUUGA